AUGCAUCGUCUCAAACUCCACCACCGCGCUGCUCCCCUUCUCCAUCGUCAUCCUCGCGCCUCACAAUCAACUCCUUCUUCUUCUUGUUUGCAACAUUACUCACCCUGGUCUGGUCUCGAAACCUGGAGAAACAGCCCCCUCAAUGACAACCGUUCCUGGGGACCCAAAGGCCCCCAACAAACGCAACAUUCUUCUAUUGACACCACUCCAACGCUGCCUUCCUCUCGAGCUCGGCGCUCUCUCGUUCUCUCCACCGACCCCCUCGCCAAGUCCGCCCUCUCCCACCUCGCCUACUCCACGUGGCGCCAACAUAACCUUCCACUUGGCUCAUGCCUGCCGCCUCCUCCUCCUCCUCGUCAGUCCAGACUUGUUCUUGUCUUCUAAUUCAGUUUCUUUGUUUGAGGUUCAAUUUGUUUGUUGCAUUCUUCUGUUGUUCGGUUUUCUCCCUUUAGUGACAUUCUAGGGGAGGGCUUUUUCGCUGACUUUGCUCAUGUUGCUGAUGAUGAGAGUCGCCAUUUUGCUUGGUUUCAAGUGAGGAGACUCUAUAGUGUUUUUUGUUUGUAUGGAGAUAUGCCUGCUCAUAAUCUGCUAUGGAGGGAGUGUGAGAAAUCAUCUGACGACGUUGCUGCGCGUUUGGCUGUCAUACCUCUGGUCCAGGAGGCCAGAGGACUCGAUGCCGGACCACGGCUUCCAAAAUUGGUUGGCUUUGGAGAUCUGAGGACAUCUGAAAUCGUAGCUAGGAUUGCUGAUGAAGAAGUGGCACAUGUAGCUGUUGGUGUCCACCAUUUAAAGGUUUGUUAGUCCUGAUCAUUUUUCUGUAACCCUGCAGACUUGUUAGAAGAGUAUAACGUUGAGUUGAAAGGGCCCUUCAAUUAUUCAGCACGUGAUGAAGCUGGAAAUCCUCGUGACUGGUAUGAGUCAUCUACAAAUAGCGAAGACAAGGACAAGAAAAGGGAUACUAGUGAGAAGCUUUCUGAGAUCUUGUUCGACCCUGUGUAUCAGAGGCUUGCUUCCAUAAUUUCCAUGGAGAGUGAGAACUCGAGUUUGAACAGGCCUUAGUAGUUUUGCAUCAACAAUUAUUUUCUUCGUUAGGCAUAUGAUAUGGAGCUUAUCUGUCCGGAUGGUUACACUAGAAACACAAGUCAUGCAAGACAAGCAGUCUCUAUUAUCAUUAUAUGUGUUGACAGCCAGCUCU